AUGGAGCCCCAUUCAUCACCAGCGGCACCACCGCCGCCGCCGCCGCUGCCGCAUGUCGUGUAUGAUGCGCUGAGUAAGGCGCAGAAGGCGGCGCCGCGACUGAAGCCGAUCCCCGCCUUCGAAGUGUACAAGGUAGCACGGGAGGAGGAGCUGGCCGCCUACCGUAUGCUGUGUCGCGUACUUGUCAUGCAUCACGGCACCCCACUUCCAAAGGCGCAGCAGCGCAUCCUCGAUGACAUGGGCGAAGAACUGUUCAUUGGGCAAGAGCGACAGGAAUUGGAGAAAGAGAUGGCAGAGCAGGAUAAGGUACUGCAGGGUAUUCGCAAAUCCGGUGUGCUGCAGCGCCGUGGCGACUUCACCGACGGUGUGGAGGAGAUGACCGUGGAAGACUACCUUGCCGAGGCCCCGAAAGACGAUGGCAACGGCCUCUACAUGCCCAUCUCCAAGACGCCUCGCGUGGAUAGAACAGACUCCGGUGCCGCACGAACGACAGCCGUCGCUGCCGCCGCCGCCGUGGGGGCCAAGCGCAAGGGUCACGUGCACGCCGCCGUGUCAAAGUUGGCGAAGGAGAUUGAGGCUUCGGGCAAGAGUCUGCUGUUUACGAGCAGCGCUCAGGAAGAGCAGCAGCUUAUUCAAGCUCUUCAGCAAAAGCGCGAGGCACUGAUGACACUGAGAGGAGAAUUGACAGAGGCGUAG